UUAACUAAACCAUUAUGGUGUAUACGUUGUUUGGAGUUUUAAAAGUACUAUAAGUAAUAUUUUUGGCAGUACGUGUUGUUCUAGUUUAUUGUUAUUUUACAGAUAAGGUUAGUUUAGCGAUAAUCAAAUAUAUUACAAUUUCAAAUUCGUAGUAGCGUUCUAGUCUACUGCUUUUCGUUUGAAAGUAAUUUUACCAUUUUAUAAAAAGACGUCUUUAACAGAAAAACAACUUUCUUUAAAUUAAGUAUGGAGUCAAAUUCUUCACAGAUAGAUGAUCAACAAUUCGGCAAAUUUCAUCCAAUCGUUCCUUUUGGGGCAGUUGCAGUUCCUUUUUUGCUUGUGAAAUUCGGUAUCAGUGAGUUCGUUGUAAAAAGAAUAGCCAUACACUAUGGACUUCAUAAAGGAAAUGUUCGCCGAAAAUCUUCUAAUCUUCAAAGUGAUGAACGUAACUUAAUACCAAAUAAAAAGAAGAAGUCAUCAAACCAGCCCAUAUACUCCAAAUUUGAUAAAUUUUGCGAAAGUGGGAACAAAUUCGUAUGGUACACCUUCAUAUGGACCUAUGGCUUAAUAAUGCACUGGAAAAGACCAUGGAUGUGGGACAUCGAAUCCUGCUGGAGAGACUUUGGAAAUGGUUUGCCUCGCGACGUUUGGUACUACGGAGUCUUCUUGACGGCCACAUACCUAGAAACUUGUGCAAUGCACUUCGUAAGCGUGAGACGAAAAGACUCCAAUAUGAUGCUUGUCCAUCAUAUUUGCCUAAUGGGCAUAGUAGCAGUAGUGUGGCACUAUGGUCUUUAUGCGAUCGGUACUCUAAACAUGUUUUUGCACGAUUUUUCUGACAUUUUUAUUGAACUUGCUAAAUGUACAAAAUAUCUUAAAUUUGAAGUUCCUACAAAAGUUUUAUUCGUUAUGUUCGUAGUGGCAUGGUUAGUUUGCAGAAUGUACCUCUAUCCGACUUGGUUCUUGCGGUCUUGUAUCGAAGAUCGGUAUGGUGUAUUAAGAAAAAUCAACUUGUACUACUAUUGGAAUGGAGUCAGUUUAGUUUUGUUGGGUCUGCAUACCAUAUGGACGUAUAUGAUUUUAAGAUCAGUCGUAAGAGCCAUUCGAACAGGAGUUCCAGAAGAUGAUAGAUCUGACGAUGAUGAUGAUACCAAAGAUGAAUAAAUAAUGUUUUUAUAGUCUUUUCUAAUUCAUUUUAAUUAAAUUUUAAUCAAAAUUA